CUGACCAAUCAGAGGAAGAGCAGCGAGAGCGGGGAUGCUCUACCUUUGGAGAGCAUUCAAUCCACUGGUCAAAAGAUGCAGCUUUAUUCAAGACCAAGUCUUGUAUAUUAAACUCAUAUAUUAGAAAAAUAUUCUUUUUUUCCAACAGUAAUGGCAUCACUUUCCGUGAGAUAUGUCCAAAUAUGCUGAUCUUGGAUGUCUACUCUAAGCCCUUUGACGUUAAUUUUUUUCUUCAGAUAUACGUCUCAAUCUGAUCACCAGCCUGCGUGCCCAUUGUGGCUUUGGGGAAAGUUUUUGAUGGCGAGGAUCCAGCUGGUCCGUGUCAAAGUGAGCUGGACGGUACUUUUGGCUCUGGCCCACCUCACCUACCUGCUAUUUGGAGCCAUCAUUUUCCAGAUUCUGGAGCGAGAGGCCGAGAGCAACAAUCGAAACCACUUCCAACUGGAGAAGUUACAUUUCUUGGCUAAUUACACCUGCCUGGAUGGACCUGCUUUGGAGAAGUUUGUUCAGGUGAUUUUAGAUGCCUGGGAGAGGGGUGUGAAUCCUUCAGGCAACUCGACGAACCCCAGUAAUUGGGAUUUCAGCAGUGCCUUCUUUUUUGCUGGCACUGUGGUCACAACGAUAGGCUACGGCAACCUCUCUCCCAGCACUGUGUCCGGUCAGGUAUUCUGUGUCUUUUAUGCGCUGUGUGGCAUCCCGCUCAACCUGGCCUUUCUCAAACAGCUGGGAAAAUGUCUCACCAUUCACCUGGGACGUCUAGAACGAGGCAUGGUCUCCGUGGUUCCACACAAGCAAACUGUCGAGGCGUUGGCAGUGAGCUCCUUCUUCAUCACCGGUAGUCUGCUGUUUCUGGUCAUCCCUCCGCUUCUGUUCAGUUACGUAGAAGGGUGGACAUUUGGCGAGGGCUUCUACUUUGCUUUUAUUACCCUCAGCACCAUUGGGUUUGGAGAUUAUGUGGUGGGGACUGACCCAGGCAAGGAAUACAUCUCUCUGUACCGUAGCCUGGCAGGCAUUUGGAUCAUCUUUGCCUUGGCCUGGCUUGCUCUGAUCCUCAGCAUGGGAUCAAGAAUAGUGGCUCAUGUGAUCGGCUUGACUCAUCCAGGAUUUAAGAAACAAGAGGGAGAGGAUGAUGUGUCAUCCAAUAAACUGGAAGACACCUCCAAGAUCUGACACUUGAGCUUGGUUGAAAUAUUCACAAGGUGAAUUUGAAGUAUAUAUUUUACGUUGUUCAAUUUUAUCCCCAGAGAAAAAUUCUAGUUACACUUCAGACUUUUUUAUGUGGCAUGUAUGACUGUACAACACACAAACUCAUUCUGCCCUCACUCAUUAAUAUUAUACAUUUGCCUCUUUGCGAUCCAACUUUCCUUAGGGGAGCAAAACACUCCUGUUUGACGAGUCUACCUCAAAAAGCCAUACAGAGUCACAACGCAUUGUACAAACACUUAAGUCUGAGAAAGGUUGGGAUUGCUGUGUAAUUUUUGUCAUCAUUCUGAAAUUGUUUCCUUUCUAUUUCUGUACGUACUCUUUAUUGUAAUAACUCUUGAACAUUAUAUUGGGUAGAGCUGUAUCAAACGAACAUAAAGACAAAGGUCAAUUUUGAUUGACGCUGUUACCUAUAAUGUUUAUGAUUGUAAUUGUAGCUUGCAGCGGUGUCGAACUGGACUGCAUCCCAAUGAGAAUUUUGUGCGAUUGUUUGCCCUCCAUCCUGUUCGACCUGAAGAAAAAGAGCCUCAAAGGAUGCUUCACUGUUCUGCCACCAUGCUUCAGUGUUCUGAAAAUAUGGUGUUCUUUUGGUGGUAUCACAGGUGUGUAGGCACAACGCAUACUUUUUGGAAUGAUGGCCAAAAAGUUCAACCUUGGUUUCGUCGGAUCAAAACCCUUUUUCUCCCACAUGCGUUUGGGAGAUCUCAAGUGUGUUUUUAACAAAAUCUAGUCAUGUUUAGAUGUGUUUUUCUUUCUUUGUCCGUCAACGGUGACAUUGCAUCUUGGCAACAUCCUUGGUAGUUUUCAUCAGUUUUAGAGCGACGACCAGUUAUUUGUCAUGUCACUUUUAUGCCAUAUUAUAUGCAAAUGCUGAUGACUAUC